AAUUAACAACUAUUUGCGUUUCCGUCACGUGACUUUUAAAAACAAUAUGGCGACCUAAGGCUGAAUUUUCGGUAUUUUUGAACUUUAGACGUUUAAAACACGAGUACAGAAAUCUUUUAAAGACAAAAAAUGCAUGGUCUAGCUAUUCAAGGGAGUGGACAAGGUUAUGGCAUGCCAAAACACUAUGGGACAGGGUUUUCAAAAGAUCAUUUUCGGGAAAAUGUUCGCCGUAUGAGACAGAUACAGAGGAAGUCAAGGGAGAAGGAAGUAGAAAGUGUUCAGCCUGUAAAAGCUUUGUGGAAAUCAGAAAAAUAUAAAGAUGUUCCAUCAAAAAUCAAAGAUGACAUAGAGAAAGUACCUGAUACACCUCGUCCGCAUUCUGCCUCAUUUCUCCGAGCUCACACAAGAUCAGGCCCCUCAGUGAAACUACAAUCAAGGCCUUGUACACCUGACCCCAAGCUUUCUGUACCACCAGCUAGUAUAGCAAAUGAUGUACAACUUGUUAGACAUGAUUUUGAUUUUAUAAAAGUGAAUGGACGAGCUGUUAAACAUUCACAUGUACCCAGAGCUCCAAGUCUCACUGCCCUGGAUGACUUGAAGAAAAAACAGGAAGAUGAAUUCAAGAAACAUAAAAAGGGGGAAGUCCCUACAUACUUGAGGACUCGGAAAGAACAAUGGAAGAAAGAGGAGGAAGAUAGAAUAGCAAAUGCUCCAGAUCCAUCAUGUCCUGAGGGUCACAGAGUUCUACCAGAGGCUGAGAGGAGAGAAACACUAGACUUACUCAAACAAAAACAACAAGAAUUAAUCAGCAAGCUACAGUCAUUACCAUUGAGAACAGACACAUUCAGAAUGAGAUCGUGUAAACAAGAACUUGAAAAUAAACUAGCAGAAAUGGAUGAGGCCAUAAAGAUAUUCUCUCGACCAAAAGUAUUUGUGAAAGCGGAAUGAGCUAUUAUAAAACACUUUAAUACGGAGGAAAAAAACAACAUUUUACAGAAUUCCUUGUGACCAUCAUAGGCAGCCAUUAUAGUUGAACUGUGAUAGUAGAUUUCAGCUGCAGCUUAAACAUGGACUGAAUUACCUAAAUCAGUAACUUCAUUGAAAAAAGUCAUUUCACUUGAGGAUUAAGAUAACUGGAAAAUUUUAGUGAGAUGAGAAAUAGUCCAUGCUUGCUGGGGACAGUUUAUAGUUUUAAUUCUGUUGAAGUAUACUUUUGAAUAGAAGGUGGUAUUAUUUGUACAUUACUGAAAUUGUAUAUAGUAGUGUAAAUGUGCUAAAUAUAUGCAAGUUGUGUGUGAUGGACUUCAGAGGUAUUGUUAAAUGAAGGUGUUCUAUAUUAGUUAAGUAAAUAUCUUCAAAGCAAAUGUUCAAAUUUAUUUGAAUCUUUUAAGUAUACUCAAAAUAGAGCAUAUAUUAGUAUAAUUUUAGAAUUAAAAUGAGAGUACAUAUAGAUUAAUUUCUAUCAGUAUCAUUUAUAAAAGUAUUAGCUGAAAUUGAUGCAUUUUGAUCAACAAUAAGGCAGUUGAGUUUUAAUGAUAUUGUCUCAGAAUUAAUGCAUGUAUGACAGUUUUUUUCUUCUCACCAUCUUGUUCAGCAAUUGAUAUCAAAAAUUGAAGGAAAAAAAAAAAUUCUUCAUUUUUUUGUGAAAGAAAAAGAAACACUUGUUUUAUGUGAUAUAAUUUUGAUUCUAACACGAUACGAUUCAUUUUCCUAUUAAACAAAGAAGGCUGAAAACAGUGAAUUAUUAUACAACAAUUCACUGUUCUGACGUCACAAUUAUUACGUCAUAGCGUCAAUCGGCAUAGCGGCGCGCUGGAAAAGAAACCAAUUGAAAACGGGCAAAUAUUUAAUGAAUGCCGUCAAGGAUGUACUUUAAAGUCCUUGGUAACGUGUUAGAAUCGAAAUAAUAUAUCUCAUUUAGUGAUUUGCUCUUGAAUAAAAUCAUUGUUUGUCGUUCAGAUGCGCAUUAUUAUAUCACUCUGGCUGCGCCCUCGUGAUAUAAUUCCGCGCAUCUGAACUCCAAACAAUGAUUUAUUCAGCGACAAAUCACUAAAUGAGAUAUAUUAUUUCUUAAAUGUAUUUAUAUGUAUUCAAUAGCACACAGUUGAGAGACUAUUAUACAUUGAAAGUAAACAUUGCAAUAAGAUUGGAUUUCUUUUAUCUAUUUAUUAUUUCAUAUUCUACUUUGCAAAUCUUAUUAUUUUAUGCACAGCUGAACAGAGUUUAGUUAAAUCUUGCAUUAAGUGUUCUCAGGACAACACUUACUACGCUUUUCUUGUGUAAACAAUAAUUGUAAUAUUUUGUCAAUUUUAUAUAUUUGUGUAGAAUAAACUAUGUUUCUGUUUUCAUUUUAAGAUGAGAUCUUUUUAUUUUUUCCUUUAAUAUUUAGUCAUUUUUACCCAUACAAAUUUAAAGAACCUUUAUAAGAUAGCCUAUUGUCUGUCGUAAUUCAUUGAAUUUCGAGAAAUUUUUCUUGCUCUAGAGUUUUUAGAACUUUUGUUUUAAAAGUUGAUACACAGCAGGCAAAGAAAAAAUGUUAUAAUUGCUAUUGUAUAGGUGGUAUAUAUAUAUAAGCAGCAGAUUUUUGUUGAAAAUAUUUCUGUCUCAUAACAAUUAGCAUAUUCCUGUUCUAUGCAGGAAGUAGAAUAUUAAUUUUUUUGUUUGAUCUACAAAUCUAACUUAAGUAUUGCAAAGUGACUAGUAGGCUUAGAAAGCUAUCUGUGUAAAACUUAACUUAUUCCAUUUUUGAUCAUGUUUUAUUUUCUUUCUGCUUCAUAAUAACCAAAUAGAAUACAACAACAAAUAUAAUAUAUUCAAAAAAGCA